GUUGCAGCAGCUGCAGCGAGGGAGAUCUCCCGCGGCCGGCGGCCGAAACCCUUGCGCGGCCGGCCAAAUCUCCGGGCCACAUGACCCCGGCACAAUUUCUCAGCGUUUUCCGCCUGUUUUUUUUUUUGUUUUCUCUUCUGGGCGUCGCGGCUCCAUGCCACGGUCCAUGCUUCCCAGUCCAGGCACCAGCCUGAGAGAGACCUUCCAGUCCGAUCUUAAAAAAGGUUCGGGGAGCGGGCCGCCUCGGCGCCUCGCGCUGCUCUCCACCCGUCCGUCCGUCCAUGGCUAACCUCCCCGACGCGGACGCCGCGGGGUUCAAGCUCUUCGGCAAGGUCAUCCAGCCCCCCGACGCGCACCGCGCCGCGGAGGCGGGCGCCGAUCCUCCGCAGCCGCUGACGACGACGGCGGCGGCGCCGCCGCCGGUUCUUCCGCCUCCGCAGCCCCAGUCCCCGCCGCUCCCGCCGCCGGCUCUGCAGCUGCAGGCAGCCGGGGCGGGGGGCGCGGGUGCAGGGGCGGGGGGCGCGGGCGAGCCGCUGCCGUGCCCGCGGUGCGGGAGCCGGGAGACCAAGUUCUGCUACUUCAACAACUACAACGUGCGGCAGCCGCGCCACCUCUGCCGCGCGUGCCGCCGCUACUGGACGGCCGGCGGCGCGCUCCGCCGCGUGGCCUCCGCGUCCCCGGGCCGCCGCAGGCCGCGCCCGGCCGCUCGAUCGGCCGCCGCCGCCGCAAUCGCCGCCGCAAUCGCCACCGCGUCCUCCGCCUCCGCCACCGCCGCCGCCGAGGAGGGGGGCGGGGAGCGUUGACCCUGGGGGUCGCACGGCGCGGCCGCUCCGCUCGCUCGAGGCUUCCUCCCCGCGUGGGCGUGACGCCGUGGCGCGGUGCCGCGCGCCCGGGCCCACGCCCCAGUGACGGGCCGGCCGGCCUGCCGGCGCUCGGCCUGCGUGGGACCCCCGCGCCCCGUCGUCGUCCUUUUCACACGUAGCCCCCUCCUCGCCCUUUGGUUUUAUUAGGCUCUAUUUUUCAUAUACCUUUUUAGGAUUCUUUUGGUGGCCAAAAGGAUGCGGCCGGCCAGCUGCGACCGCAAGAGUUAAGUUUGGUAGGCGGUUUAAAAAGUGGGCUACUAUGAAUGAAUGUACAGUACUGCUGCUGUAAAAUUCGGCAACGGUGAAAUGGUGAGCUCAAGAAAUGGUGGUCAAAAGUGAGCCAUGGAACUAUGGAAGGAUCAUCAUUCUCCAUCCCCCACUUCCUCUUGCUUGGUUCACGUGUUUUACCCUCUGCGGUGCAGUUCAGUUAAUAGGACUAGUAUGUGCAGGUGACAUUCAAUGAAUGCUGGAUCAUGUGAAAUCUGUGACAACAUUCAGCGGCAGGUUGAUGCAGAUCUGGAAACUUGAAUGGGAAUCGAAAGGGGUAGGUAGAAGCUGUUGUUAUCACUACGGGCACUUUUGGAAUAAAUGAUAUUGUGUGGAGUUUCAGGACA